CUAACACAUCUCUCCUGCACGGAGUCUUCAGCCGCAAAGCUUGAUCGCGAGGAUAAAUACCGCACUUCGUCCAAACGAGACGACAUUCGCAACGGGGAAUUCUUUUGUCUUUUUCCCCCUCUUCAUCGUGCUGUCCUGCUCCGUAGCGGUCAAGAAAGAGUAUAAGCUCUGAUCGCACACAUGUCUGCUGACGGCAUUCCAGACGACUAUAACAUCCAGGAGGCUUGGGACAAAGCAUGUCUUGCGUUCUCCCGCAUGACGCAGGUCGACCUGACGGCAGCUCCAAAGCUCAGUGUCGACGAGGUACUUGAGGAUAUCCGAGGAAAACAGAUUGACGAGGAGGAGAAGCACAAGAAAUACAUCGUUGCUAAGGAUGCGAUAAACAAAACAGGCAAGCUGAUUAUGGUCCUCGGCGGAAUAGCUGCCCAGGGUGCCAGCAUGGUAAGGAUAUUCAGAUCAUAGUGAUGAUGAGGGUGAUGCUCUUGCUUUUGAUAGAUGACGAAAUUCUAGGUAUUUGCCCCCAGCACUCUUUGCUUCAAUGCAAUCUCGUACCUUAUUGAGACCGGAGCAAAUUACAAGCGCAUCUUCAGCAGUUUGGUGGAGCUCUUUCUCCGAAUUUCAGACGUACUUGAGCGAUGUAAGAUUUACAUGAGAUUGGCC